ACGCUCAGUCUCGUCCGUCGCAAUCCAGUGCAGAUAUACGUGCAAUUACCCUGUCAACGGUGCUUAAAAUCCCGCGUUCGUGCUCGCGCCGCGCUCGCCGGCGCACGCGGUUGAUCGAUUACGCUCGCCGUUGACGCGGGCCCGCGAGUCGAUCGCCGAUCGACGCCGCGCGUGAAGCGAGGAAGAGCAGAAAGGCGCGAAAGAAGGGAAGGCGCGAGCGGAGGCCCGGGGGGGAAAGUUUUCGAAGCACCGCGAAGCGCGCGCGAGGAGGAGGCAGGCCCGCCGAUUUGAAUUCGACCGCUGUCGAGCCGUCGCGAGAGAUCGAGACGAUCCGGCGUGAAGUUCGCCGCGAGUCGGUCCGUGACGGGGAAUCCCGCGGCGCGGCGCGUCAGUCCGGCUGGUGCGCGCGAUACGAGUGGUGACUUUGGGCACGUCGCCCGGUGCGAUCGCGCUCGACGAUUCCGCUCGUGCGACCGGGGCUCGUACCGAGGUUGAGGAGGAACGGAGCCGUGCGAGCGGGACGGAUAUGGUGCCGCGUAGUUUCGCGUAGUUUCGUUGACGCGACUCGACCCGCCGUCGCCGCGCGCGAGUGGUGAGCCUCAGUGUGUGCCGCCGCGAGUCCGAGAGAGUGGUUGAUCGCCGAGGGACCGCCGGAGCUUGCCGUGCGCGCCGUCGAGAUGAAGACUUGCCACCUGUGGCUAGAAGCCGCCGUCGCUCUCCUGGCGAUUACAGGUGCGAGCUGUCUGCGGAAGGUCAGCCUAGAGCUAGAUCCGGAGGUGGUGCAACGUGGCGAGAAGGUGAUUCUGCGGUGCCAUUAUGAUCUCGAGGAAGCGCUACUCUACUCCCUCAAGUGGUACCGGGGCAAGCACGAGUUCUACCGAUUCUCGCCCGCUGAGGAACCAUCUACCAAAGUCUUCAACAUUUCUGGGAUUAAUGUCGACCCCGACAACUCGAACAAGAGCCAGGUAACGCUUCGCAAUGUCGACUUCGGCCUCUCGGGUACAUUCAUCUGCGAAGUUACGGCAGACGCGCCGACCUUCUCCACGGCCUCCGUCUCGAAGAAUCUCACCGUAGUAUUUCUGCCCCGCGAAGAGCCCGUUAUCGUAUCGGAACGCGAUCGCUACGACCCGGGAGACAUGUUGAGGGCAAAUUGCAGCCUGCCACCCUCCAAGCCACCGGUUUACCUCUCAUUCAUGCUGAACAACAUGCCGGUGCAGGCGACCGCGAGGCAACAGCGGACGAAGGACGAGGAGGCGACGCAAUGGAGCGAGAUCAGUCUCACUCUUCAGCCGUUCCAUUACGUCAAUGGACGUUUGAACCUGCGUUGCAUCGCGGCAAUACCCGACAUCGCGUUCUCGAAGCAGAGCGAACUCCAUCUCCUUACGGGUGUGCGCGAGCCAGUGCCCGAAAGAGUAACCUCGGAGAACGGAAGCGACAUGCACACGAUGACGUUUGUGACAAUACUCUGCCUGGGCACGCUCCAUCUGCUUUUGAGAUAGUCACGGCACGCCUGAGACCACGAAAAGGGAGCUCACGGGCGUCGCAUGAUAAAUAGCACACUAGUCAGCGGGAGGAGGGGCUGGAGGAAGAGACGGUGGAGGCAGGGUUUAAGGACCGCGUAUGGACGGCGCAGAAAAUAAUAUUGUUAAACCGAUAUAUGACCGACUUAAGUGUCUUUUUUUUCUCUCUCUUAAUUUUCUCCGUAGUGGAUUGAGUUGUUGAUUUUUCUCUCCGAACGGGUCAGGAUCGUGAAUUCUGCAUGUUCCCCGUUUGCAACCGUUGACAGCAGCGCGGUGUCAAUUUUUGGCUGGCGAACUACCUUGAGCACUGCCAUGAUAAUCAGAAUCAAAAGGACACGACGGCGUUUAACAUGUGAUACACACUCGCCGACCACGAGACCGUCGAGGUGUGAACCGUUGUAUAUUUUACGACCGCGUCUUUCGUAUAACUCGUUACUUUGUAAGACGCGCCCGGUACGCACAGAUUGUUUCUCGUUUGUCUUCGCGACGGGUAUACGGACGGGUAAAGAGAGGCGCGGCGACGCGAGCGUCGCCGGUCAAGGGUUAAGGGUUAACGUGUAUCCCUGGACCGGGCCGUGGCCGGUGAGGAAGUAGAUAAUCGGAUGAGGGAUCGCCGUAGCCAAAUCCGCCGUGGCGAGGACUCGCCGUGACACGCUUUGACACGGCGAGAAGAAUCGGGAACGGGGGAGCGUAGCCAAUUAGUCGCGUCCGAUUACUGCUACGGCGUUCAAUUUGACAUUUGACGAACAAAUAGUAAUGAACAAAAGGGAUUUAUCCAAAAGUGGAGCGAGAGAGGGAAGGGAUGGGACUUUGAAGUCGAUUGCACGUAUAUAGGUGCUUGUACAGCCCGCCUCUGAAAGAUUUGCGAUCCUUGCCGAGCGAGCGAGCAAGAGAGAGAAAGAGAGAUAUUCUCUUCCGCUACCACUGACGAGAGGAGAGCCAUGGGGAGAUCGCACAAAGGAAGAGGCACGGAUAAAGCGGUGCGAAAAGUUUUCGCAUACCGAGAGAGAGAGAGAGAGAGAGCGCGCGGUUCUCUGCCGUUCCGCGAAAUCGUGUCGUGCUCCAGCAACAACGCACUCGAUGCGCACUCGAAUAUCUCCCCGUUACACUCGCCAAGGACGGUGAUUCGAGUCCAUUCAUCCCAUUGUCCAAGCGCUCCCGGGCUCGGUUGCAUCAGGCGGAUCAAUGUCGCGAAUUUCGAAGCGGAGGGCUCCGGACGCGCGCACGCGGGAUCAGAACUGGCCGGUACUUCUUUUUUCCUUCUCCCUGCUCUCUCCCUUUUUUUCGCCAGGUUUUUUUUUUGCGCGCAAAACUACGGGAACGACGUAGUCGCUAUUACGGCCGUUGCCGCUGCCGCGGAAAAACUCGACCGUAGACGGAGCAGUUAUGUACUUACGCCAAUUGUUAGUGUCCGACCGCGCUCGCUCUCUAACGAGUUUGUUGCUCGCUCUUUAACGACGCCGUGCCAAAGAGAGAUACUUCGAUCGGGCCGUUCUAUUUUUUCCCCUAUUUUUUUUUCCUCUUUAACGCGACAAGAUACGCGCUCCGUUUGCCCGUCUCGUUGCUUUGAUACUCUUUCUUCUUGUACUUUGAAAACGGUACGUUCGAACCGAACAACGCUCGUUUUAUUGAUCUCCGUGCGGCCGCGCUACCGAAAUCCUCGUGUUAAGACUGCAGGUACACGACGCCGUGCAAUCUGGAGAACGGCUCCGUCUCGAGAUCGAUUUAUCGGAAGAGAGACGCGUCGGUCGGCACGGACGUUGCGUUUUUCAUUCUUCCGCCGCCUCCUCUUUAUUAAACGGACGAUAAACCCCGCGGACGAUUCCGCGACGUCUACAAGCCAGCGUCUGCACGGCGUGUCCCUCCGUCCCGAGCACGGAGAUCGUCCGUAUCAACCCCCGUAUCUCACCCUCGGACGCGAUGGAACGUCUCUUCCUUCCGCUUUCCGCUCCCUUCCCGCCGCAGCAUUUGGCACGCUCGCGACCGCUUACAAAUCUUCGCGAGGUAACGCGUAUCGGCGUGAAACUGCACGGAAGGCAUCGGCCGCGACCCUUAUUUCUCAUGCGGGCGAACCCGCCGAGAUGCCCGCCUGGGCUACGCUAAAUCGCGUCGAAUCAUGGGGAGACGUGCUAAUAUUCCGCGCGGAAGUUGCACGCCGUCGGUUAUCUUCUUGGACGAAGCGCGACUUCGAAAGUUGUAGAGUCAAUCAUUUAUGGCGAUAAGCGCGAACGUUAAGUUUUAAUUUGAGUGUAGAGGCAGAGUAGAUGCAGUUUUUAUAAAUUGUGUUUGUCUUGUUUUUUAUAUGUUUUUUUUAAAAUUUAUACAGUUGAAACACAACACACAUACGAGGAAAAACAAGUAUUACUUUGUAAACGAAUGUGUCAAACGCGUUAAUUUUGCGAAAGCUUCGUUCGCGGAUGAAGUGUGUGGACGAGACAAUUAUUUUUUGGAGAUCAAUUAAUACUCGCGUACGAAGUUUGUUUUCGCAAACGAACAGGUGAGACGAGAGCCCGAUUUACUAUUGAUAGUUUGCCGAGAUAUACAAACAAGUUACAACUUCGUAAUAUAAGCUAGAAAUAAGGUAAAUAGGACGAGAUAUUUUUGUUAAGUCGGAUUUUUAAUUCUAUUUAAGUGUCUUUAGUUUUAAGAUCUUUUGCAAAUCGUCGUAUUGUUUCUUUGCGGGCAUUUUACAUUUUAGUUAAUGUAAAUACUUAUUUUUACCAAGCAUAAUAAACUAUCGCAUGAA